CAACGGUGCAUACGCGACGCCCAAACACCACUUGGGUGGCGAACGGCAGCACGAAAGCUGUGGGAAGUGGCGCAAAAACCAGGGUCGCGUGUGGGUAGUGGUGUGCUCGAUCCUCAAUCCUCGUCGCAGCGCAGCAGGACAACGAGCAACAUCCACACCCUGCCAUGGCGCACAUUGGGGCACGAGGACUGCUGAGCUCGGAACGUGGGCUGGGCCCAUCAUUGCGCACGCGCACGAUUGAUGUCAUUCUUGCAGCAGGGGCAACAAAGAAACACCUUGUUGGUGAUGAUGAUGAGGAAGGCGCGCCGCAUGCCAAUGCCAGGAGGGACGAAAGUCAAGGUGAAUAUGGGCAGGGUUUGGAUUUUUCGGUCCGGGGUGGGCGAGAACAUGGCAUCCCCAUCGUCGUGUCCAGUGUGGAGAAAGGCGGCGCAGCCUGCAAGGCGGGACUCGAGGUCGGCCACGAGAUCUUGGCCGUCAACGCCACCAGCUUGCACAACGCCACCCACAGCGAAGGUGUGCAGGCGCUGGCAGCGGCUUGUGCAGGAACGAAAUGUGGUGGAUUUGGCGCCAACUCACCCAUACAAGCAGCACCCGCGGCGCCAGUGAACAGCGGCACAAGCGAAGACGAUGAACAGCAGCAACAGCAGCCGCCGCCGCAGCAGGGGCCCAUCGUCAUCUCUCUCACGGUCCGCCUCAACCCUCUCCUCAAAGGCUGCAUCACGGAAGCAGCGCCGCUUGCCAAGGGCACCAGGGUCUGCUCGCAAAGCGAAACGAACCACACCAACCAAAGCUGCAAGACGAGCCAGCAACCCAGCAGCGCAGCAGUCAGCAACGUACCAGCCACAAGCACAGCCAACAGCCGCACAGGGCAGCAGUGA